AUGCACUCUCUCUCAUUCUCUCUUAUUCUCUCUCAUUCUUUCUUCUUCUUCUUCUUCUUCUUCAAUUUCAAUUCUCACCAUUUGACGUAAUGGCUAAAGGUGGAAAACUAAUGAGGCUGAAAUCGGUGCUGAAGAAAUGGAACUCAUUCGGCAACGGCAAGCAGAGCCGCCACAGCACCAGCGCCGUCGCCGACGAUGAGUCCUCCUCCAGAUCGGACCUCCACGCCGUCUACGUCGGCAAAUCCCGCCGCCUCUACCGGGUCUCCUCCGGCGUCCUCGACAACCCCGUCUUCCGGGAACUGGUAGAGAGGUCCCGCGACGACUCCGACCACCAAGACGACACCAUCAAUGUCGCAUGCGAGGUUGUCCUCUUCGAACACUUGCUGUGGAUGCUCGAAAACGCCGACCCACAACCGGAGUCUCUCAACGAACUCGUCGACUUCUAUGCCUGCUAAGCCAAACGCUAAUGCUGCAUUAAAAAAAUCGAAAAGAAACAAGGAACGUAUAAUGUUAUGUUUUAUAUUUACACAUAUAAUACUUGCGUUGUCUAUUUGUGACUGUAAUUUGAUUAGUUGUAAUAGCUAACAUUCAUCCAUAAAUGUUGUCAAUAAUUUAAGUAAGUUGGAUCAAUUAGUAAAUAUUGGUUUUAUGAUAUGAUUUAGAUUUUUGCGAGAUAUGGUGGGGAUGGAUGUUGAGUUGGUUGUAGUGGUUUGGUUGAGUUGAUGAUGGAGGCUCCAAUCAAUGUAAUGAAAGGGAAAUUGUACGCAGUGUAAGUUAAGUGUAAGUGUAAGUGAAGUGGUUAAUUAAUUGUUCAUUUCUUCUUGAA